AUGGAGGGGAGUCAGCACCCAGGGGAAGCCAUUAUUCCUCCCAAUCUCCGGAUCGCAGGUGCCAGGUACAUAAACUACUGCCCCGAGGGCUGGUCCUACUACAAACUCAGCUGCUUCAGGUACUUCCGUCAGCUCCUGAGCUGGGAUGAGGCCGAGCCCGUCUGGGUUGGCCUCCGCUACGGGCGGGAGAGCCAGACCUGGCAGUGGGCUAGCGGGCACAAGUACAAUGUCGCCAGUGGGCUGGCCAGGAAUGGUGCCUACGGGGGAACCUGCGGCGUGCUGACCCACCUCAGUGACGUCACCCUGUGGUCCAGUGCCGACUGCGCCCAGCAACAUCACUAUAUCUGCAAGUUCACCCCCUCACACUAG